AUGCCUAUCUCUAAGAAGGACCGAAGAAACAAGGAGCACAAGAAGGCCGAUGCUGCCGGAACUCGAGCUCCCGUCAAGCGAAACGGACUUCCUGUCAAGGCCCCUAAGCCCACAUCAAUCUGCCAAAACUGCCGGAAAGAGAUCGUCAACACCAACAAGCUUCAGCUCGAGGUGCAUGCCGAGACUCAUGACCAGAAGCUGUGGCCCAAGGAGAAGUGCUGGCCCAACGAUUUCUCCUAG